GUCCUCUUUCUUCGCCCACUUUACACCGCCUCUCGUCGACGCAUCGCAUCGCAGCGCAUCCUCUCACAAACCAUUGUUAUCAGUCUGCGCGCACAGCGGCGCGCACCACCUUCGAUUGCGCACCCAGCACAGCGGAGCGGAUUGCGGAACCACAGAAAAGUCGUCGCCUGUGUCUCGGAACGAGGCGUGACUCUUGCUUGGCGCCGGUCUCGUCUUCCUCCCUCUAUGAUAGGUCCUUCCUCUACCAAUGAAAUAACGCUUCAAGGACCUGGAUCGCGUCCUGUCACUGGCUGAGCAUACAUCAACGACAGAAGAUUUACGCCUUGCAACGAGUAGUGACGCGCCGACCAGACGACACACGCGCUUGAGCGACACGAAGAGCUGCCUGUAUCGCGACAUCAUUGUCAAAGCAGCGCGCGACACCGCCAUCGCGCCGCGCGAACCUGGAAAGAGCGAGGCGCGUCUCGACUACCGAUAACCGGCGGCGCAUUGCUGUCGCGAACAAGUCGAGAUGCAGUACGGCGGUGUUCCACCGCAGCAACAGCAACCUCCUGCGGCUGCACCGAAGAGGUACGAUGGCAAGAACGGUGCGCCAUUGUACGCGCCCGAGCAUGGAGGACACUACGGCGCCAGCGCUGCCAUUGCUGCCGCGGGGCAUGCGCCUCCGCCAGAGACCUUCACAGGGCAUUGGCAGAAUGUGUCGCAAGGACUGCAAGGACCGUAUCGUGAUAUUCUCAACACCUACUGGCAAAACCAAGUGACCAAGCUCGAGACUGAAGAACAUGACUACAAGCUUCAUCAAUUACCUCUGGCACGUAUCAAGAAGGUCAUGAAGGCAGAUCCUGAGGUCAAGAUGAUUAGCGCGGAAGCGCCCAUUCUUUUCGCCAAAGGCUGUGACAUUUUUAUCACAGAACUCACAAUGCGGGCAUGGAUCCAUGCCGAAGAGAACAAGCGACGAACGCUUCAACGCAGCGACAUCGCAUCGGCGCUAGCUAAAAGUGACAUGUUCGACUUCCUCAUCGAUAUCGUGCCUCGAGAGGAUGCCCAGCCUGCUCACAAGAGGCGACCGGAGUACCAACAACCUGGCACCUAUCAGGUACCUGACCCGUCACAAGCACAAGGUCAACCUCUAGAUCAACAGCAAAUGGGUGGACAACCAGACUUUGGUGGCGUGGAUUCUCAGCACAUGCCGCAAGCGCAGUAUCAACAGCAGAUGGGCGCAUACCCGCCGCCCCAACAACCGCCGCAAUAUGGCGGACAGCAGAUGUUCGAUCCCAAUAUGUAUGGUGGACAGCCACAGGCAUAUCCAAUGGGACAGAUGCAAGGCAUGCCCCAACAGAACAUGUAUCCUCCGCAACAAGCUCCUAUGGGUCAACAGUAUCAACCGAAUCAACAAGGCGGUAACGAACACGAUGGAGACGGCGAUCAGGACUUCGUUAAUUCGAAUGGUUAGAGACCAACGCGCCCCAAGAUGAAGGACCCCCAUUGUUGUUGUGAUUCAGAUUGUCGCCACUCGUGACGGCACGCCGAUGCCGGAGCAUUCUUUUGGAGGCAUUGAGACGUAGCACAGUCUCGUUGUCACUGGUGGAGUUCGUGCCCUUGAUGUGGUGCGAAGGCAUUCAUCUGUCGACAUUCUUUUGCUUCUUCGCGAAUUGGUUGCGGAAUAUGAGCAAGAGUAGAGUGAGCAGGUCUCGAUGUGCCACGGCACAGGCACGAUGAAUUCACUGGCAAGUGAGCCGGAUUCUUGACGUUCAGUGUAACGAUUUGGUACAUAGCUUCAACAUAACGACGACAUGCA